AUGGCAGUUAAUCUUCCCAAGGUCCAUAUUUUGGGCCAUUCUUUUGAUAAGCACUUGUCUCGGGACAUUAGCAGGGGUUCUAACGACAGAACGGAUUUUUAUUUUGGCCUCCAGGGCUGUCUUUCAGUACAUUUCUACGGCGUGAGUGGACGUACCGUUGACAAACUUCAUGCUUUCAAUCUUGGUGUAAUCCAUUUCUCUGCCCCUGAAAUUGUUAUCCUGGAGAUCGGCACUAAUGACCUCGCUAAUUUGCCGCCAGAAGUGAUAGGUUCGGCGCUGGAUGAUCUAAUUCAGUUGCUUUUAUCUAGUUUUCCUGUGCAUGUGGUUGGUUGGUGUUAUGUCAUACCUCGUGGUCUCUCGCAUCCUGACUCGGCGCUCUUCAGGCAGGGAGCUGAAAUACUGAACAAUUAUGUUAGUGUGGUACUCGAUUCUACCCCCAAUGUUUUUUGUUGGCACCACAGAGUUUUUAAUCAUCCAGCUAAGGAUUAUUAUUUACCAGAUGGUGUUCAUUUGAACUCUGCUGGCCAGUAUCAUUUGUAUCGUAGCUCUCGUAGGGCCAUUUUGAAAGCUUUGUCCUACCUUUAAUGUUUAAUAAAGCGUGGGGUUUUUGUUUUUCGCUAACUUUACCCGGAGUUUCAUCCUCAUGAAAUUUGAUCAAAAAGUAGUUCAUAGUUUGUUCACCGGGUGUAUCCCUUGCCUGAUGCGGACGUUGACCUUGUCCUCAAAUCACGCAUUGUACUCUCUAAGUAGCCGAAGAUUAUCCUCCAAGUUUAUUUUAUAUACAAGGUGUACUCCUUGCAGUUUGUCUUUUUCUGUCGGACAUUGUACUCGUUCCAUGUGGUGUAUUCCACAUUACAGAAGGUUAUCUUCUUGUUUUUUAUAUGUAGGGUGUAUUCUUUGCAGUUUGUAUUUCUGCUGGAGUUUGUCCUCAGACCAUGUGGUGUACUCCAUGUUACAGAGGGAUAUCCUCUUGUUCGAAUUUGUGCGGGCAGUUUAUAAUUAGGCUUUUAGCAUCAACUUUAUCAUUGACAGGUUUUCCUUGCCCUAUUUAUUUCAUGAUUUUAUUUGUGCGUGUCGUAUCAUCUUGUUUUUAGCCCAUGUCUCGUUGGGAUUCUUUUCUCGAAUGGAUACUACUUUUCUGGAACGCUUUGAUUCUGCCAUCUUUCUUUUGCUCCCUGUAAUUUUAGUACUACUCAGAGAUGUCGAUUCAACGUUCUCCUCGCGCCUGUGCUCCAUCCAACCUAGCUGUACAAGCUGCAGCCAGUGGUCAGCCUUCCAGAAUGCGGUUGCACAGCGGUGGACCAUCAUCUGUUUCUUCCCUUGCAGUCCUUCCGCGAGGGUACAGGAGAUUCCCCUGA